AUGGUGGUGAGACACGUGGAGGACGCCAAGCAGUUCCAGAACCUGUUGAGCCAGACCGAGCAGCUAGUGGUUGUUAUGUACUCGGCUGAGUGGUGCAGCAACUGCCGCAUGAUCCGGCCACACUUCUACAACCUCUCGGAGCAGUUGACCAACGUCGUCUUCGUGGAGGUGGAUGUCGACGACGCAGAGCCUCUGGCUCGGUCCGCCGGCAUCACAUGCAUGCCGACCUUCCACUUCUUCCGGCGCUCGGCCAGAAUGGGAGAAUUUUCGGGGACCAAGAGGGAGAAGUUGGAGCGCCUAUUGGACGAGCUGCAGUGAGCGGCCUGUUAGAAGUUAAAAAAUAGACAGGGAAACACAAAAGCCAAAAAAAAAUUAACUGGAGUUUGAAUUCUCUGGAUAAAUAAAAGUGCAGCUAAAAAUAUAUAACCAGAGAAAGUAAGGGAGGCAGUUUUCAAAAUUCAUUUUUGAGAUGUACCUAUCAUCACCUCCAAACUGUGAUUACGGUGGAUUUUGAUUGCCAUUUCAGGCAGUAGUUAAGAGUCAAUCACAACGGUUACGAGCACCAAAUGGGAUUUUCGAAAGUUUGUGGGUUGUACAGGGAAACUGGAUCGGGGCUGGUUUACAAUGGAGCUUGCUGUAUAUGUUUUAAAAGAGCUAACAUUUCUAUCGCAUCUUUCACAUUUUCGGGAUGUGCACUUGCACCAUAACAGCUGCAGCUGAAUAAGUAGUAUUGUCACUCCUUUAUGUCAGACCCCAUUCUAUAGAAAAUCCAGGAAAAUAACUGCAGUUACAGCCCAGAGUGAUGCACCGUCAGAGGUUCCAACUUCCGGGUUAAGAACGAAACCAAGAUGUGGGCUCCCCUCUUGGCUAGAUGAUAGAAAGAUGCCAUUGCACUAUUUUGAAGAAAAGUAGGAACGAUUUUUUCGCGUGUCCUGGCUGUUAGUUAUCCCUAUACCAAUAAAACAGAUUCUCUGGUCAUUAUCACACUGCUGUUGCGUGGGAGCUUGAUGUGUGUAAAUUGGCUGCUAUGCUAGUGAAGGGUGCUAUAUG